AUGGAUCAAGAACCCGGCCGCCCUGUCCCGCGUGGUCAUGCGAGGACUAAAAGCAACACGUCUGUUGGCAGCAACAACCCGAAUAGACCGAGACAGACCAGAUCCAAGAGCAGCAAGAAACUCGACUCGAUCUAUUCCGAUGAGGCUACUGUCGCCUUCAUCAAACGCACCUUGUGCGCUCAGCAACUCACAGGCCCGGAAGGUAGCCGAGCACGAAACAUUUCAAAGCCUUUGUCUGAAUCACUGCCACCUUUGACCACUUCUAAUCAAGUCGACCUCCAACUUUAUGCUCUCAUCUCUAUAAUUAUCAAGGACUUUGUACAGGCUUGGUACUCGAGAAUCACCCCAGACCAGGAGUUCACCGACCAGGUCGUCCACAUCAUCGCUCACUGCACACGCGCUCUUGAGCAACGAAUAAGAGCCGUCGACCUGGAAGCCUUGGUACUCGAUGAGCUCCCCGAAUUGAUCGACGUCCAUGUUGCAGCCUAUCGCACUGCAUACAGCGCUUCCUACACUUCCUCACUCGUAGCAAACCCGAGAGACAUCUAUCACGCCAUCAAUCCUCACCCUGCCCUCUCUCCAGUGCCGUUCGAGCCCGGAUCUCUCGCAUCGUUAGAUCAGGCUGAGAAUGAAGCUGCAUGGCGCCAGUUGCUUGUUCAAGGACUAUUGUCUCAUCUGCUCCCGCCAGAAGAUCUAAAUAAUCCACCGCUAAAAGUGUUGGUCACUGAGAUAUUCUCCGAGUUGAUCAUUGGGCGUGGAGUUUGCGGCAAUAUUUGCGAAGGCUGGUUCCUCUGGGAUCUUGUUUCCAAGCUGCUUGCCAUCCUUCGUCCUCCUGAACCCGAUGUACACCAGGAACCACCUAUCAGUCCGAAUCGCCUCGAGAAAUUUGGACUCCUUGCAGAUGACAGUGAUGAUGCUGAAGAGCCACCCGCUGUUACGAGUCGAAGCCCAAUGGAUACCUUGUCCGGUGUAUGCUUGCAGGUCAUGCAAUACGCCUUCCUUGCCUUCAUAUCGAUACGCGCGUUCUUCACAGCUCUGUCAGAUGCCGCAUCUCUGCCUCCAAGGGCGAACAGUAGAGAAGGCUCAACGCAUGCCGAAUUAGACGACAGUGGCUCAUUAUGGCAGCAAUCAACACACAACAGUACCAAGAGACCAAUCCUAGGAAUGUCUUUAUGGAGUUGCUGCUCGCAUCUGCUUUCUUUGGACUUGCAGAUGCCUUGGCUCACCACUCUGGGUGCAUACAUACAGUGGCUGUUGGUCUGCAGCUCGUGGAAGGUGGGUGACACAGACAGCAGAUUGGACAGGUGA